CAGUGGAUGUUUAAAAUAUGCAUGAGUCAGAAAUGUUGUAUUUUCAGAUAAUGGCAGUAAAUUCGGUGGAGGACAUGAUAAGAAAAAAAGAAAAAGAAAAGAGGAACACAAAAAAGAGUAGUUGUUUAAACUGGAAGAUUAAAGUAAAGGGAAUGUGAUAAAAGUAGUAUGGUGAAAUUAAAGCAGCUGCUGCUGCUAAAACCAGAACAAGUAUGAGGAUGCUAUUUAUCCACAUCACACAAAUUUUCAAUAAGAGAAAAGGAAAAAAAAAAAGAAAAGAAAAGGGUAGUUGAAUGGAGGGCGUAGAUUGGUUCCAAUUCCCGAAAACCCCCAACUGUCGUCGUUACAAUUUCCUUUUUCCCUUCCACUCCUUAUGAAUGGGAAAUGAGAAGCAGCCUCUCCUCUCCCAGUUCCCCAACCCCACAAAUCCAAAACUCAGAAAAACUCACACAACAAUCCCCAACCCCCCUUCGAUGCGAAUGGGAUUUCACCCUCGCCUCCGUCGUCUCCUCCCCCACCAAUUGCGCCGCUUCUGACACACUCGGCGUUGUCGAAUUCGACCCUUCCGAUUCCCUCAUCGCCACCGCCGGAAUCGCUAGAAAAAUCCGUGGCUACCGUCUUCAUAAUCUCCUACCCCAAGACAUUGAUCAUAACGCUACUAUUACUCAAUUGGACCACACCCGUGCUUCUGAUUUCUGCAUCUGUACUCCCGCUAAACUCAGUAGCCUCCGUUGGAAACCCAAUGCUAACGGUCGAAUCUUAGGCUCCGGCGAUUACGAUGGGGUUGUCAUGGAGUACGAUCUGGAAAUGAAGGUACCGAUUUUCGAACGAGAUGAACAUGGGGGCCGACGUGUCUGGAGUGUGGAUUACUCAACAGUAGAGCCCGUAGUGGGAGCGUCCGGGUCAGACGAUGGAACAGUGCAAGUAUGGGAUACGCGAUGUGAGAGUGGGGAGUGCGUGGCGGUGGUGCAGCCGAGCGUGGUACGGAGUGCGGUUUGUUGCGUGGAAUUCAACCCGUUCGGAGGGGGGUUAGUGGCGGUUGGAUGCGCGGACAGGAAAGCAUAUGGGUACGACAGACGGAAAAUGAGGGAACCGGUAGUGGUAUUCGAAGGGCAUGGGAAAACGGUGACGUAUGUGAAAUUCGUGGACGGAGGGACGGUGGUGUCGGCGAGUACAGACGGGAGUUUAAAGAUGUGGAAGACGGAGGAGGGAGGGGGUGCAAGGGUGGUACGCACGUACGAGGGGCACGUGAAUGGGAGGAGCUUUGUGGGGUUAUCAGUGUGGAGAGGGGGCUUAAUCGGGUGUGGAUCGGAGGACAAGAGAGUGUUUGUGUACGAUAAGAGAUGGGGAGAGCCAAUAUGGGUAAAGGAAUUUGAUGGGGGAGUGGGGGUGGGGGUCGGGGUGGGGAUGGGGUCGGGUUAUGGGUUGGUCAGUAGUGUGUGUUGGAGGCAAGUGGGAGAGCAAGAAUGCACCUUGGUGGCUGGCGGGUCGGAUGGCGUUUUGCAAGUUUUUGUUGGACACAAGAAAAGGUCCUUUUGAUUCAAUCUCAUUCCAAACCCUUUUUAACACUACCACUACUACUACCACUACUACUACCACUACCAUCCACCCAUUAUCAUUUAUUUAAUACUUCUACUUCUAGGGAUUUUUUUAACCGCCUUUAUUUACUAUUAUAAUAUAUACUUGCAUACUCACUUUAGUUACUUCUAUUUUAUUUGCCUCACAUUCAUAUUUCAUAUUAUUUUUUAACCUCGUAGAUAGCUAAAGAUGUUCAAUUUCCAACUCAAGCUUGGACACAUAUUAUAACAUGCUUCUGUCUGCUA